GUCCACCAUCCGAGCCAGCAGCUCCAGCCGCAGAGAUAGCGUAGGGUCCAAGACCCCUCCUCCAUUGCAGGGACUGUCUUGCAUCCACGCACACAAUGCUGAGGCUGGUGGUGUUCCUACUGGCUGUGGGAGUGCGGUUCAGUGCUUCCGUCCCCCCAGCAAUGACCAGCCAUGCCCCCCAGCCCUCCACGGCCCACCCCAAUGCCACGGACACUUUGGCGAGGUUCGAGACCCUGCUAGGCUGCUUCCGGGACGUCUUCCAGGACCCCCCCACGAUAACCCCCCGAGCAGAGUGGGGGGCCCAAGCCCCCCGUUGCACAGCGCCACUGAAGACCCCCACUCCUUACCUGCUCGUUCAUCACAUUGCUGGGACGGAUUGUGGAGCACAGGGGAGCAGUUGGUGUCUGCGCCAGCUUCAAGACCACCAUACCCUCACCAACGGCUGGUGUGACAUCGCUUACAACUUUCUGAUCAUGGAGUCGGGCGAGGUGUUUGAGGGGACGGGAUGGACCGUCCAAGGCCACCACACCGCAGGGUACAAUGAGGUGGCGCUUGGCUUCGCAUUCUUCACCAACAUGACAGACCGAGCUCCUUCCCAAGCAGCUCUGGCGUCUGCCCAGCAUCUGAUCAGCUUCGCGGUCCAAAAGCGUCAUCUUUCUCCCAACUACAUUCAACCUUUUCUUUUCCGAGGAGAAGAUUGUCUGCAGGCCCCUGGCUCGACCCCCUCAGGAGUCCUAGGCUGCCCCACGAUCAUUCCCCGGGCAGACUGGGGCGCUAAGGGGUCCAUGGCCAACUGCCGCAAGCUGGAUCGUCCGGCCAAAUACGUCAUCAUCAUUCACACGGCCGGGCAGCCAUGCACGGAGCUGGACAGUUGCAAGGAGCUGGUCCGCGGCAUCCAGGACUUCCACGUGAAUGGCAGGAAGUUCUGUGACGUGGGAUACAAUUUCUUGGUCGGGGAAGACGGCAACGUGUAUGAGGGCGUGGGCUGGGACACAGAGGGAGCCCACACCUAUGGGUACAAUGAUAUCGCCCUGGGAGUCGCCUUCCUGGGCCUGUUCGAAGACAAACCUCCCAACGCGGCUGCGCUGAUGGCCGCCCAGCGACUGAUCCGCUGCUCAGUGGACCGAGACUACUUGGACCCCAACUACCUCCUGGUGGCCCACAGUGACGUCAUCAACUCCAUCUCCCCUGGCCGAGCCACCCAUGACAUCAUCAAAACCUGGCCCCACUUCAAAGGCUGAGGCCCGCCCCCUCCCUGGACCAGUGGAACUCUGGGAUGAGGUCACUGAGGCCCAGAGAAGCAAAGCGACUUGCCUAAAAUCACACAGCAGACAAGUGGCGGAGCUCAGAGUUAGAACUCAUGACCUUCUGACUCCCAGGCUCGUGCUCUAUCCACUGUACCAUGCUGCUUCUCAACUACUGUCAUCAUCUUCUAGAUCUCUCUGAUUCACUUCAUUUGAUCUGUGUAGAUGAGCCAUUGGAUUUUCUUCUGGUCCGAACCUUUCCCUACCUGUAAUUUAUUUUCAUGUCUCUCUUCCUCACUAGUUUGUAAAGUCCUUGUGAACUGGGAUCGUAUCUACCACCUCUACUGUAUUGUACUCCCCCAAAAUGUACUUUUUGUACACAGUAAGUACUCAAUAAAUGUCGUUGUUUGAUCAAUUUUU